CUUUUGCCCAUCCUCCUUUCUGGUUGAGAUUUCCUAGCUCUUCCCACCUGUUCUCAUCAACUGCAUUGUCUCCAUGUCUCUUGUCCAGCUACCAGAUGAACUUCUGUGUAGUAUUGGUGGAUAUCUAAGCUGUUAUAGAGAUGUUCGGGCUCUCGUCUUUUCAAAUCGUCGGCUCAAUAGGAUCUUGAAAACUAUCCUCGUUACAUCUAGCGUUAAGGGUUGCCACGGAUCUCUGUUAUUCUGUGCAGUGCAAUGUGGAGAUAUUUGCCUCGUACGGGAGAUUCUGAAACAGCUAUUUGUGAUUAAUAAAAAGCGAGAAGAAACGGCUUCUAUGGAAGAAAGCUGUAUAACAAACACCCUAGAUAGUACCGACGAGGAAGAUGGAGCUCGAGACUGGGAUGGAACGCUUCACUGGGAUCUCCAACAGCAUCCGCUCUAUAAAGAAGGGUAUCGAGUCCGUGACAUCCUUUUCGUCCAGCGUGCCUUUCUCGCUGCCAUCUCAACUGGACUAAAGGAACUCGUCAACUGUUUUCUUGAUUGCGGAGCGGUAGCAGGAUUUGCCUUUCCUGCUAAUGAAAAACAUCCACUACCUGUUUCUCUCGCGAUCAGACACGGCUAUGAUGAGAUAUUCGAUCUACUUAUCAAGCACAAGGCCUGUACAUGUGGCGGAGAUGAGUGUCCCAUUGUUGAGGCCGUCAAAUAUCACCGUUUUCAUGAGCUUCCCGUCCUGGUCAGACUUGGAGUAUGCGGGCACUGGGACGAAGCGCUUUCCCUUUCGUUAGAUACUCGGCCCAUGUUUGAUCUUAUGGUGGAAAACGGGGUCGAAAUCAAGAAGUAUGGCCAUGUGGCUCUAUAUGGAGCUAUUACUGAAGGGAAGAAAGACUGGGUUGAGUUCCUCAUCUCUGAAGGUGCUGACCCCAACCUCUGCCUAUCGACGGAAAGCGUUAUUGGAGACGGAGAAAAGAAGUAUAGCUCUAUCUACCAUGCUAUACUUCAUGGUCAUUUGGAUGUAUGCAAAUUUCUGAUUGAGCAUGGCGUACAGCCUGAGGAGGGUGAUCUUCAACUGGCGCGGGAGAAGGAAUAUAAUGAAAUUGUGGGUAUUCUCUCUGGGUUUUCCUAUGUGGAUGUGCCUGAAAAGGAGGACCUCGUUACAAGGUGGAUAAACACCCAUAGCUGAAUAGGGAGAAAGGAGCUGUGCUUUAGAUUCCUACUUUUGAAGGCUUUUCUGGCUGCGUUGACCUGUACCCCUGAAAUACUAACUCUGAAACCAUUCCUGC